CAACUAUUUGAAGUCUCUGUGUAAUUUGUCAGUGUAUAAGGUACAGGAAAAGUAAUAGCUGAAUUCACAUGUUCUCUUCCUUUUUUCCCUUUAAUAUCUUUAUUUUGCGGUGUCCGACGUAAUAUUAUGGUGUCCAAGCGUGACAAGAAUAAAUACAUUACUUCAACUUAGUUUUCCCUCCAUAGAAAUUCUUUGAGAAUGAAUUCCCCUAAUACAAACCGUAGACCUAGGUUCCAUCUUCCUACUAUAUUUUUGUGACUCGAAAUAUCAUCGGCCUUUUGAGUGAAAAAGAGAUCGCAAAUCUUGCCGUUGUGGACGUAACUUCGGAGCCGUCAUAUAUUUAUUAGUUACACCCACAACAAGGACCUGAAAUUACACUUUAAGCUGAAUUCUAAAUUACAUAAUAACUGUAGGCCAUUAUUAAUUUGAGGCCUAAAAAACUGGAGAAUUAUCAUAGAUCAAUCCCGUUUCAUGUUCAAGAAAUAUCAAAAGAUAGUCCGAAAGGUAACCGUUGUGUCCGGUGCGGCUUCGUUACGCCCACUCAUCUAUUAUCACGGCAGAAAGCACACUUCCGCGAUGUAGAAGUCAAGCUACCAUGGAGCCUCUGAAGUCAUAGUGGGGAACCCGUUCAUGACUGAAAAGCUUCCUCGCAAGUACUUCGCGGGGAAUUUUUGUAUGAAAAUCUGCUUGUCGUCCGCGAAUUACGCCCGCGAUACCUCCCAACAUGUCGUCUGCAAGCUGAAUGCACGCUCCACUUUGCAUCAUCAAAAGACCCUUUUUUCGAUAACAUGCCUCCACCUCUCAAGCUACGGCUCCGAGGAUACUUGAACAAUACUGGUGUGGAUACCUCUUUGGAUGCGUGCUCCUCAUCAGCUAUCCCAAAGAAAUCAUCUGCCCUGAGAUCCGAGAAAUUCAGAGAAGAACUAAAGAAGGAUCCAGAAAGAUACAAAGCUUUCUGUGCCAAAGAUGCUGCAAGAUCAGGAAAUCGUCGGAAACAUAUGACAAAGGAACAACGAAUCCAUUACAAUCACAUGGCUAAGCUUCGAAUGAGGAAGAAAAAAGAAAGUGAUAGAGAGAAGACAAAGAAUGACAAAACUAAAACGACAUGUAAAACACGUGCAGGGAAGAAACAGCAGGAAGAGAGACGAGAGAAAGACAGAUUACGGAAACAGUUGAGGCGUGAAAGUAUGACAGCAGAGGAAAGAGCAGCAGUAAACAAGAAAAGAAGAGAGCAACGUCUGCAGAAACAGCUAGAACUGCAACAAAUUAGAUUACAAAAAAGAGAACAUGCACUUAGAAUUGAACAACUAGAACGGGAGAAAAGAGAAGUACAAGAAAAACUGAGAAAAGAGAAGAAAGCUGAAAAAGAGAAGACAAACAUUGCCAAUGAACAACGUAUCACAAAGAGAAGAAGAUUUGAAGCAAGGAGAAAAGCCAUUCAAAGAGCUCGUGCAGGUCUGCCAAAGUCUCCAUCCAAAUUCGCUAAGACUGUAGCAGAUGUCAUAAGUUCAGCAACUCCAAGGAAAAAAGAAGCACUGAAGAACAAUAGAAUUGGCAGUGUGGAUGAUGUUGAAAAAGUCUUCACUGAAUCAGUUGCUGAAGAAAUGCGAUCAAUGAGGAAACAGAGAUCCAUCAAGAACUUGGAGUGGAAACGGUCUUUGAUGCCCAUGAUCAAAAAGAUGAAACAAUACAAACUUCAGAGGAGAGCUAGCAAGUACUUUGGUGUUACAUCAAAGAGCAUAAACAAAGCAAAUGAAAUCCAGAGAAGAAAAACCAAGAAAGCUCUUGAUCAGGCUGUCAUAAACAAAGUUGUCAGUUUUUAUGAGAAGUCCUCUGUCACCCUGGCAGAUAAGAAGCUAAUUUCUAAAAGAACAUUGAAAAAAACAGCAUUCUUGCAAAGGCCCAUUAGAAUUCUCUAUGAGAACUUUAAAGCUGAAAAUCCAUCACUUAAGAUCGGGCUGACGAAGUUUGCAGCAUUGAGGCCACGUAAUAUCAAACCUGUAGGGUCUAUAAAGUUUCAAGGUUGCCUGUGUACCUAUUGCUGUAAUGUUGAUCUGAAGGUGGCAGCACUGAAUAAACUUGCAAACUCUUACAGCAUGAAGUCUAUGUUCGAAGGCGUGUAUGGUGUAUAUAAUGCAACAAUGUGUCCCAAGGGUACACAGAAAUAUCACAAGUCUUCAUGCAUCCAAAGAAGAUGUGGCAGCUGUGGAGUUCACUUGUUGAUUGAUCAGUUGACUCCGCUCAUCCAGCAACAUGGUGGAAAAGAAAUCUCUUGGAGAAAGUGGGAACGAAAAACUGUCAAUGCAGGUGGUAAAGAUGUUGUUAGGCAAGAACUUGUUACAAAGACAGGUAAACUUGAAGACUGUAUCUCCGAACUGCAGGACGAGGUUGAACCACUGAGUACUCAUCUAUUUCAUGCCAUGUGGCAACACAGUCAGUAUUCUCAGUUGAAGUCUUCACUACCCAAGGGAUGGGUGCUAAUGGUGGCAGAUUUCGCAGAGAAUUACACCUGCCGAAAUCAGCAGGAGAUUCAAUCAGCACAUUGGUCGCAUAACACCGUGACAAUACAUCCAAUUGUUUGCACGUAUCACUGUCCCAAAUGUGAUGAGUUGAUGGAUGAAUCAUUGAUAUUCAUCACAGCUGAUGUAAAACAUGACUACAAUGCAGUUAAUACUUUCAUGUGCACAUCAGUGGAAUACCUCCAAAACAAACUGACAGAUGUUCAACAAAUUGUCCGAUUCUCAGAUGGCGCAGCAUGCCAAUACAAGAGCAAAGGCCCUUUCACCGAUGUUGCCAUGGCUGACACUGUUUACAAAGUUCCAACAAGUUUUCACUACUACGGGUCGUGUCAUGGAAAAGGACCCAGUGAUGGGGAGUCUGCUGUGGUGAAGCGGUCAGCAUCACAGGCUGCCUUGGCUCGCAAUGUGGUGAUGAACACUGCUGAGGACUUAUUUCUGCAUUGCAAAGAGAUUGCCAUAAAAGAUGAUGGAACUGAAAGCUGCCUGCACUUCCAGCGUACAAUAUUCUUUGUAGAGAAGAUUGAUCGUGACAGAGGGUAUGAAAGUUGUGACAUCAGAACACUGAAGGGGACACGCAGUUUGCACGCCAUCAGAGGCAAUCCACAAGGGGUUGUUUGGUCUCGAAAUGUGUCCUGCUUCUGCCAAGCAUGCCUGACUGAAGCAUAUGAAGACUGCUUGAACAAAGAGUAUGUAGAUGACUGGAAGGAAUCUGUCAUCUUUACCAGACCUCCCAGGAUAUCUGUGACUGCUGGAAUUGAAGACAGUGUGCCCCCUCGUGCUGAUUCUUCUGAUGUGCCACCUUGUGCUGCAUCAUCUGAUGUGCCCCCUCGUGAUGUGCCCCCUGCUGCUGCAUCAUCUGAUGUGCCCCCUCGUGAUGUGCCCCCUGCUGCUGCAUCAUCUGAUGUGCCCCCUCGUGAUGUGCCCCCUGCUGCUGCAUCAUCUGAUGUGCCCCCUCGUGAUGUGCCCCCUGCUGCUGCAUCAUCUGAUGUGCCCCCUCGUGAUGUGCCCCCUGCUGCUGCAUCAUCUGAUGUGCCCCCUCGUGAUGUGCCCCCUGCUGCUGCAUCAUCUGAUGUGCCCCCUCGUGAUGUGCCCCCUGCUGCUGCAUCAUCUGAUGUGCCCCCUCGUGAUGUGCCCCCUGCUGCUGCAUCAUCUGAUGUGCCCCCUCGUGAUGUGCCCCCUGCUGCUGCAUCAUCUGAUGUGCCCCCUCGUGAUGUGCCCCCUGCUGCUGCAUCAUCUGAUGUGCCCCCUCGUGAUGUGCCCCCUGCUGCUGCAUCAUCUGAUGUGCCCCCUCGUGAUGUGCCCCCUGCUGCUGCAUCAUCUGAUGUGCCCCCUCGUGAUGUGCCCCCUGCUGCUGCAUCAUCUGAUGUGCCCCCUCGUGAUGUGCCCCCUGCUGCUGCAUCAUCUGAUGUGCCCCCUCGUGAUGUGCCCCCUGCUGCAAGCUCUUUGACUUUGCCAUCAGGUUCCACAUUCAACCCUUCCAGGGUUGUAGUAGGAGACUUUGUCGUCAUUGCGGUGCAAGGCAGGAAGAGGAAAAUCCCCUACCUUGCAAAGGUUCUGGGAGCAAAUAGUGAGCGUAAGGAGGUGAAAGUUUCCUACUUAGAUGAAGUUUCCCCAUCGGUCUUCUCCUGGCCAUCCAUCGCUGAUAAAGUAUAUUGGCAUCCCCUUGCCGAUAUGGUGGCAUCGAUGGGAAUACCCUCUGUCAAAGGAACUGGCUCAAGAUUGAAACUUACUUUCAAAGAUCUCUCUGCUCUUCAAGUUUAUAGUUCUGAGCACUAGGUGAUAUAGCCUAUAAUCUAGGCGGAGUGCCGAGCUUUUUUCUUUGCUGCUAGACUAACCCUAAG